CGACCAAGACGAUCACGAAGAUUCAUAUAAGGUCAAAUGAUAAGAAUGCUUUUGUGCAAAUAGUUUGAAUCGAACGUUAACGUGGGAAAUUUGCAAAUGAGUGAAAUAUCGCUAACGGCAGCCAGAAAAUGUUGUUAUUUACAUUAGUAUUGACUUACUAAGUGCUUAUCUUCGCAAAGAAGUGGUUGUAUCUGGUUUGCCUCGAUGUAAGUCGUCGCUUUACAAUGGCCGUCAGGAGAGGGAAAUUCCGAGCUUUCUUCAAGUCCACGAAGCCCGCAGAUGUAAGCUACGAUGGAAAAAAUUCCUUUGAAAACUCUCAAGAUAUUGAAAUCAUUGUGGAAGUGGCGGUUGGACCAAGAGGAGAAAUUAGCGAUACAGAUGUAGUUAUUGCUGGUGGUAGCGAUCAGCAUCACAUUCCAGGGAAUCCUGGACUUUUCAUCACCGAUAUAAGGCCCGGAAGCGAGGCUGACAAACUUUUGAGUCUUGGAUGCCAAAUAGCAAAGAUUGAUGAUGUUGAUGUCACAAAUGUGCCCCGUCAAGUGGCUGACAGUUUGCUCGAGUUUGCUGAUAAAUGGGCCCAGCUACAUGUCAGGAUGCCGAAAGGCUUAGACGAGGUUUCCGAGGCGUCUUCAAAAAUGGUGUCUUGGGGAACAGUGAGCUUUGACACUGACAACAGCGACUCAGGAGUUGGGAGCGGAAUACUGGAAAAGGAAUUCAGACCAAACAUAGACGCAAGCGAGAAACUGGUUACUGUGAAAAUUGCGGUUGGACUCUGGGGACAACUUUUACCUCUUGAUUUUGAGAUCUAAGGGGGCCAGGAUGAGAAGUCAAUAGACGGAAAUACGGGAAUCUUCAUUAAGGCGAUAAAG